UGAUGAUCACACAGGCUGUGCUUUGUUACCGGGUCCUGAUUCCUUACAAAUCCUCAGAUUUGGCUCCUUCAUACCUGUGUGGAUGCCAAGUAGACGUGGUCGUCAUGGGACUGGUUUAGCUGGGCGUGUGUGCGUACUGUUGCUGGGGGGGUCAGUGUCACCAGACCUCGGGCGAAGAGGUGCCUAUGCGUCUGUUCCGAUUUAAUUAAAAUCCAAUAAAAUCCACUUGGACCGGGACUGGGUCGUUAUGCGUUCUGAUUUCGUCCAACAAUGGAAAACUCUCCGCUGUUCCAGUACCUCCAUGAUCUAGGGCACACAGACUUUGAGGCGUGUCCCACGGGUUCUCAGGAAGAGGGAGAUGGAGAGGAAGCUCCUCCCCAGGGAGACGACCAGAAGCGUUCGGGAGCUCACCUAUGGAGGCUGGCCAACGCCUUGUGGCAGUGGAGCCCGAUGGGAACGGCCGCCACAUGCCACUCUCUGGAGCGGGAGCUGGACUGCGUGUUCGGCCAGUACUCGGUGCGGUGCGUUCUGGACCAGGACGUCCUGCUGCAGGAGGACGUUGAGCUGAUCGAGCUGCUGGACCCCGGCCUGCUGACCCUGGGCUCCCCCGCCGACGGCUCCCCCGGACGCACCGCGCUCACCCUGCCCCGGCCCGGCCUGCUGGCCCGCCCCUCGCUCUGGGACGCCGCGGGGCUGGUGGGGCUGGCGGCCGUGCUGCUGGGCCUCUUCGCGGCCAGCGGCGGGGGCUGGUCCCUGGCCGGCGCGGCCCCCUGGGGCCUGGUGCUGCUGGGCUGGGCGGCCGCGCGGGCCGGCGGGCUGUGGCGGCGGGCCCGUGCCCAGAGGGCGGUGCACGCCGCCGCCUCGGAGCUCCAGGCGCUGGUCCACGACAGCAAGGCGCUGACGGGCGUGUCCCGCAAGGCGCUGCGGCUGGUGCAGGAGACGGAGGUCAUCUCCCGCGGGUUCACUCUUUUGCUCGACAGGGUGAGCGCGGCCGGCUCCUUUAGCAGGGCGGGGCUGGGGGCGGAGCCUCGGGGCCAGCAGCUGAUUGGUCUGCGGAAGGCUCUGUACCGCGCGCUCCGCACGGCGUUCCGGGCUUCCCGCCGCGCCACGUGCCACAUGCUCAAGUCGUUCCCGCUGAACUCGGAGAUCGACAACGUGACCAACUACGUGUCGGCGGUGCCGCUGAAGGAGCUGGGGCUGGGGCUGGGUGUGGAGCACGUGGGCGACGAGCAGGCCCAGGACCUCACCGAUGACUACAGCCUGCCCGCCCUGAAGCUCAUGUUCCAGCUCUGGGUCGCCCAAAGCUCCGAGUGCUUCCGCCGCCUGGCGCUGCUGCUGUCGGCACGGCAACAGGAGGAGGCGGAGCCCGCCGGGGGGGCCGCCGCCUCCGCGGGCCUCAAGCCUCCGUCCGCCUCCUCCCCCACCUCCUCCCCCUCCGCCCUACACCGCUCCAUCCCCGCGGUGACGGAGCCCCUCCACCAGGCGCUGGCCGGCUGCCUGGGCGAGGUGCAGCGCAGCUACGACUUCCACCGCUACUUCGAGACGCAGCCGCGGGGCGCGGGGGCGGCGGACCGCGCCGGGCCGGCCCGCCAGAAGUGCCGGGAGCUCAACACCCUGCACACCUCCAUCCGCAGCCUGCAGCUGCACCUCAAAGCCCUGCUGAGCGAGAUGAUCAUCCUGGAGGACGACCUGGAGAAGAUGAUGGUGUGCGGGGAGCGGGUGGCGGCGCCCCCGCCGCUCUCAGGGGAGGGCUACCUGGAGCUGAGCCAGCGGCUGCACACGCUGCAGCCCCACAUGCAGGCCAGCAACAGCUGCUGGGAGGAGACGGUCGGCCAGGUGGACCGCAUGCUGAGACGCACAGAUGCUGCUGCAGGUCUGCGACAGAGCGCCCCCGCCGUGCCGCACGUCCCGACCCCCACGCCGUCCUACCCGCUCAUUCUGGACCGGGACAGCGUACCAGAGGAGCUGGAGUGGGAGGCCUACGUGUCCGACUCUGACUCUGAGGACGACCGCGGGGGGGCCUGGUGCGACAUGCUCUCCCCCGAGGAGCGCGACCGCCAGCGGCGCGAGCGCGAGGAGUCCCGGCGCGUCCUGUCGGAGCUCAAGGCCGUGCUGGGCUUCCGCGCCUCCGAGGGCGAGAGGCUGAAAUGGAAACAGCUGCUGUUCAACGACCAAGCUGCUACGACCCCGUCCAACGCGGGGCCGCCGGACACCGCGCCCCCACCCGACGGCACCAGUAACCAUAACGACCAGGACCACGACGGAGAGGAAGAAGAGGAGGCCGCAGAAGAAGAAAAAGAACGGCGACGGGCGGUGGCGGCGACGGCGAGCGACGGCGAGCCGGCCACCGAGUUCACCUGCGGCCUGGACAAGAUGGCGGCCGGAGAAGGGGAGGAGCCUCGCGCGGAGGGAGCGGGCCGGUCCGAGCUCCACCAGUACGACGGGCUCCUCGACGACGGCGAGGGGGAAGGGGAGGGGCUGGCGGAUUUCCUGCUGACGCCACGCGUCCUGAAGCUCUCCACCACGGACAGACUGACGGAGCUCCACGGGGCGGAAGCCCUCAGCAUUAGCUCCGCCCUCGCGGCCCAGGUGGCGGCGCGGUCGCACGCCCUCGUGCACAUGGAGGAGCAGACGUUCGGUGACGAUGACGAGGAGGAGGAGGAGGAGGAGGAGGAUGAAGGGGAGGACGGGGGAACGCAGGAGAAACACUAGAAGCAGCUUUAAACUGAAACUGAAACCAGGCGGAGUGUUUGGGAUGCUUUAUUUAUUUCCGGUGCGGUUCCGAGGUCCUCAUCGAUCGAGCUGCGUUGUGUUGUUGUGUGUGCGUUACAUCGGCUCAAGUGUUGGUUGUUGUUGUGUGUGUCGCGUAAUCACCCAUCAAUCAACCCGCACGCCGCGUCCGUCCGCUGUAAGCCUCUCUCUCUCUCCCUCUUUCUCUUUCUCUUUCUCUCUAUCUCUCUCUCUCCCUCUCUCCCUCUUUCUCUUUCUCUCUAUCUCUCUCUCUCGCUCUCUCUCUCCGCCUGUUAAACCAUCUCCACUCAGGAACCUCCUUUAGUCAAAAGGUCGAGAUCAUGAAUGUCUGCAACAUAUAUUCUCAUAUGUUAUAAUCUUAUUUUUUUUUAAGAAUGAUGUAGAAAGGCCUUCAAAUUUGUAAAGCUCCAUCGCUGUUAAAAAAGAAAUUGUUCUUAGUGCUGAAUGGUUUGGAGAGCUGCUAAUUCGUCCUGAGAUCAGUCCUGCUAAAGUUCCACUGCUGAGGAUAUAAUUUGGUACGUGGGUUAGUUGUAGUUAUGAACAGACAAGUUCUCGUUACAGAUACAAAACUGAAGCAAAAAGUCAUGGAUUGAGGGCUGUUGAAAAAUGAAUGAAUAGAUCAAUAGGUCUUGGUGGACAAGUGCACG